UUUAAAUAAUAAUAAUUUUAAAAUAAAUGAAUAAAUUUUAAAUAAUAAUAAUUUUAAAGUAAAUGAAUGGAUUUUUGAAUAAAAUUUUAAAAGGGCGAUGAAGUAAACCGAAUGAUCGAUUCUGUAGCGUUGAUAUCGAGGGGAGGACUUGUAAUUUGGACCUUUAGCCCUGACCAGGGCUCCAACGUCUUCAUCACAAAUAACAAAUGCUCCAACAUCAACCAACUCAUCCGCGACAUCAUUCUUCAAGAGAAGGGAGGGGAUAAGUAUGCUUGUUUGGACGGAGUACACUUCAGGUGGAAUUUAAUCAACUCUCUCGACGCCACUCUUUUCAUAUCCUACAAGGGAAUUCAGAACACGAAUGUGUUGGUUGAGUUACUGAACGCCUGUUCCAAGGCGAUUGUAACAAGGCUUGAGACGGAAUAUGCCAUACGGAAUAAUGUCAACUGGUUCCUCAAUCCCAUACAAUUCAAUUUCGACCAUGAUUUCAAACGCAUACUCAUUAACUCCAACUCUAACUCCAACACUAACUCUAACACUAACUCUGUACCUCAGAAUGUGGAGAGUGGAACAAGUAGAACCACUACGCCCGUCAAAGACAUUAAUACUAAUAAUACCAACACUAUUAGUGGUAGAAAGGAUAAGAAGAUGAGGCAAUGGGAUGUGAAGACGAAUGUCACGAAAAAGGACAUGGACGAGCUGGACUAUUCCGAUAAAUCUGAACCACAAACCACUCUUACUACAAAUAGUACUCUGAAACCCUCAAACAGUACUAUUAAAUUUACAAAUAGUACUAUGAAAUUUACAAAUAGUACGCGUAUGAAACCUACAAACACCUCUGAUACAACUAAUACAAUAUUUAAAUCACUGUUAAACAGUGUAAAAUCUGUGUUUAAGCGUGGGAAUGUCAAAUCUGUCGGUAAGAGCCCGGAGUUACUGGACAAGUUUACGACGUUAGUGCUGAAGUAUUCUGGUAACAUGAUGAUCACCGAGGAGUCGUUAGUGACUCCGAUAAGCAUUUUAACGGAUAAACUCCGAUCCAAAAACGUUGCUGGUGACAUUUGUGAGAUGAUUGGCCGUUCAAUAGUGACACACCUGGUGGGUAAGAGGACUGAGUCUCUAAGGUCACUUUCCAGCACUGUCCGAACAGCCCUGGAAUCAUCCGUAAGACGGAUACUAACCCCCAAAGAUCCAAUUAACCUGAUUAAACAGGUUAAACACACUGUUGCUAAUGGUGGAAUAUAUUCGAUAGUAUUCCUCGGGGUGAAUGGCGUGGGGAAAUCAACUUCACUGGCGAAAGUUGCGUAUUUGCUAAAGAGUAACGGGUUUAAAGUGCUGGUAGUAGCGUGUGACACGUUCAGAUCCGGCGCUGUGGAACAGUUGAAGACACAUACUACGAACCUGGGCCUCCACCUGUUUGAGCGUGGGUACGGCAAAGACCCGGCGCAAAUAGCCAAAGAAGGCAUUAAACACGCCGUUAAUAACCAAUUUGACGUUGUAUUAAUUGAUACCGCGGGCCGGAUGCAAGAUAACGAACCCCUCAUGGCGGCCUUAACCAAGCUUAUUGUUGUGAAUAAUCCUAACCUCAUCAUAUUUGUUGGCGAAGCGCUGGUGGGAAAUGAUGCUGUGGACCAGUUGAAGAAGUUUAAUUUGGCCAUUGGAAAGGGCACAGACCGCACCAUUGAUGCGCUGCUGUUGACUAAAUUUGACACUGUAGAUGAUAAAGUCGGUGCAGCACUUUCAAUGGUUUAUAUCACAGGGAAACCAAUACUAUUCGUAGGAAACGGACAGACAUACUCUGAUCUACAGCCACUCAACAUUGAACUUAUUACCCAGUUUCUACUCACAUAAACACUCAAUGUACUAUAGUUUUA